AUGAAGUUCAAGAACAAGCUGUUUCCUGUGAUCAUCAGCCCAGCCUGGAUCCCUGAGCUGAAUUUUGUGGAGCGCGGCCCGGAGGGUAUCUCCUUUGGAGCUGCUUGUUCUCUGGACUCUGUGGAAAAGACCCUGAAAGAUGCUGUUGCCGAGCUUCCUGCCCACAAGACAGAGGUGUUCAGAGGUGUCCUGGAGCAGCUGCGCUGGUUUGCCGGGAAGCAGGUCAAGUCUGUGGCGUCCAUCGGAGGGAACAUCAUUAACGCCAGCCCCAUCUCCGACCUCAACCCGGUGUUCAUGGCCAGUGGGGCCAAGCUGACCAUCGUGUCUAGAGGCACCAGGAGAACGGUUCCGAUGGACCACACCUUCUUCCCUGCCUACAGAAAGACUCUGCUAAGUCCAGAAGAAAUACUGCUUUCCAUUGAGAUCCCCUAUAGCAGGGAGGGCGAGUUUUUCUCAGCAUUUAAGCAGGCCUCCCGGAGAGAAGAUGACAUAGCCAAGGUGACCUGUGGCAUGAGAGUCCUAUUCCAGCCAGGAACCACACAGGUGAAGGAGCUGGCCCUUUGCUAUGGCGGGAUGGCUGACAGAACCAUCUCAGCCUUAAAGACUACUCGGAAGCAGCUGUCGAAUUUCUGGAACGAGAAGCUGCUGCACGAGGUGUGUGCAAGCCUGGCAGAGGAGCUGCAUCUACCCCCUGAUGCCCCUGGUGGCAUGGUGGACUUCCGGCGCACACUCACCCUCAGCUUCUUCUUCAAGUUCUACCUGACGGUGCUUCAGAAGCUGGGCAAAGAGCACCCAGAAGAUAAAUGUGGCCAACUGGACCCCACCUUUGCCAGUGCCACCCUCCUCUUUCAGAAAGACCCUCCAGCCAACGUCCAGCUCUUCCAGGAGGUGCCCAAGGGUCAGUCUGAGGAGGACAUGGUGGGCCGGCCUCUGCCCCACCUGGCCUCAGCCAUGCAGGCCUCUGGGGAGGCCAUGUACUGUGACGACAUCCCUCGCUACGAGAAUGAGCUGACCCUCCGGCUUGUCACCAGCACCCAGGCACACGCCAAGAUCAAGUCCAUAGAUAUUUCAGAAGCUCAGAAGGUGCCGGGGUUUGUUUGCUUUAUCUCUGCUGAUGAUAUUCCUGGGAGUAACAAAACUGGAAUUGGUAAUGACGAAACAGUCUUUGCGAAGGAUAAGGUGACUUGCAUUGGGCACAUCAUUGGCGCCGUGGUCAGCGACACCCCAGAGCACGCCCAGAGAGCAGCUCAAGGAGUGAAAAUCACCUAUGAAGAACUUCCAGCCAUUAUCUCCAUUGAGGAUGCGAUAAAAAACAACUCCUUUUGGGGACAGGAGCUGAAGAUUGAGAAAGGAAACCUCAAGAAGGGGUUUUCGGAAGCAGACAACGUUGUUUCAGGUGAGGUGUACAUUGGUGGCCAAGAGCACUUCUACCUGGAGACUCACUGCACCAUCGCUGUCCCAAAAGGCGAGGCAGGGGAGAUGGAGCUCUUUGUGUCCACACAGAACACCAUGAAGACCCAGAGCUUUGUUGCAAAGAUGUUGGGGGUUCCAGACAACCGGAUUCUGGUCCGAGUGAAGAGAAUGGGAGGAGGAUUUGGAGGGAAGGAGACCCGGAGCACCCUGGUGUCCACGGCAGUGGCCAUGGCUGCAUACAAGACUGGCCGCCCUGUACGCUGCAUGCUGGAUCGCGAUGAGGACAUGCUGAUCACUGGAGGCAGACAUCCCUUCCUGGCCAGAUACAAGGUUGGCUUCAUGAAGACAGGGAAGAUUGUGGCCCUGGAGGUGGAGCACUACAGCAAUGCCGGGAACUCCCUGGAUCUCUCUCAGGGUAUAAUGGAACGAGCUCUAUUCCAUAUGGACAAUGCCUACAAAAUCCCCAACAUCCGGGGCACUGGGCGGCUGUGCAAGACCAAUCUGUCCUCCAACACGGCCUUCCGGGGUUUCGGGGGGCCGCAGGGGAUGCUCAUUGCCGAGCACUGGAUGAGUGAAGUCGCAGUGACCUGUGGGCUGCCUGCUGAGGAAGUGCGGAUGAAGAACAUGUACAAAGAAGGGGACCUGACACACUUCAACCAGAAGCUUGAGGGGUUCACCUUGCCCAGGUGCUGGGAUGAAUGUCUAGCAAUCUCUCAGUAUCACGCUCGGAGGAGUGAGGUUGACAAGUUCAACAAGGAGAAUUGUUGGAAAAAGAGAGGACUGUGCAUAAUUCCUACCAAGUUUGGAAUAGCCUUCACUCUUUCUUUUCUGAAUCAGGCAGGAGCCCUGAUUCAUGUGUACACAGAUGGCUCCGUGCUGCUGACCCAUGGGGGCACUGAGAUGGGCCAGGGCCUCCACACCAAGAUGGUCCAGGUGGCCAGCAAAGCUCUGAAAAUCCCCAUCUCUAAGAUUUACAUCAGUGAGACAAGCACUAACACGGUGCCCAACACCUCUCCCACGGCUGCCUCUGUCAGCACUGACAUCAAUGGACAGGCCGUCUAUGAAGCUUGUCAGACGAUUCUGAAGAGGCUGGAGCCCUUCAAGAGAAAGAAUCCCAAUGGCUCCUGGGAAGACUGGGUCACUGCUGCCUACCAGGAUGCAGUGAGCUUGUCUGCUACUGGGUUUUACAAAACACCCAAUCUUGGCUACAGCUUUGAGACCAACUCAGGGUCCCCCUUCCACUACUUCAGCUAUGGGGUGGCUUGCUCGGAAGUGGAAAUUGACUGCUUAACAGGGGACCAUAAGAACCUUCGCACAGACAUCGUCAUGGAUGUUGGCUGCAGUCUGAACCCUGCCAUCGACAUAGGGCAGGUGGAAGGCGCAUUUGUCCAGGGUCUGGGCCUCUUCACACUGGAGGAGCUGCACUACUCCCCUGAGGGGACCCUGCUCACCCGUGGUCCUGGCACCUACAAGAUCCCAGCAUUUGGUAGCAUCCCCACAGAGUUCAGGGUGUCUCUGCUUCGUGACUCUCCCAACAAGAAGGCCAUCUACGCAUCCAAGGCUGUUGGAGAGCCGCCUCUUUUCCUGGCCUCCUCCAUCUUCUUUGCCAUCAAGGAUGCCAUCCGUGCAGCCCGAGCUCAGCAUGGAGACAAUAAUACGAAGGAGCUCUUCCGGCUAGACAGCCCUGCCACCCCGGAGAAGAUCCGCAAUGCCUGUGUGGACAAGUUCACCACCCUGUGCGUCACUGAUGUACCAGGAAACUGUAAACCCUGGUCUCAGAGGGUCUGA